CUUUGAACCGCCUGAGGCCUUUGGGGGACGGGGGCGGCUCUUCGUUCUGACUGAGCCACCCACUGCGUGGAGUGGAGAGAGAGAGAGAGAGAGUGGAUAGAGCUGCAACGGCAUUCUUGGUUCCUUUCCAAACCCCAACACAUCCGCAGGCGCGGCGAUUUCUCAACGGCAUUGUUGCGAGUUGAGCCCCCGCAGUACUCCGGAAGCCCUAAUUUCUAGUCGUCAAGCCUCGACCUUCUUCUUCUUCUCCCAGUCCUUGUAUACACACUACACUGCUAAAUUUACCCGAUCUUUUACCCUCUGGAUCGAAUCCCCAAUCCCUACCGAUGAGUCGGUCAGGGAUCAACUCCACGGUCUACCAUGGAGAAGUGUGCCUCGGAGAUGCCGAGGUAUUCCCCACCAACAACCACGCCUUCCCCUUCCCCAGCAACGAGAUACGCAUCAGCCACCUCUCUCCUCCCAGCGAGAGGUGCCCUCCCCUCUCCAUCCUACAGACCAUCUCCCCUUUCUCCGUCCGCUGCAAGGUCCAGGCCAAGUCCGUGACCGAAGAAUCCCUCCUACGCCGGCUCUAUCUCUCCUGUUUCCAAGAAUAUAAGAGUGCCGUGGUGGUCGUCGGGAAGGAAGAAUUGCAUCUCGUGGCCAUGCCGAGCAAGGUGGAAAAAGUCCCUUGCUUCUGGUGCUGCGCUGUGCAGGCUGGUCUGUACGCAUCGUGCCUGGGUAUGCUGAAUCUGCGGUGCCUUGCGAUCGUGUUCGAUCUUGAUGAAACGCUCAUUGUUGCCAACACGAUGAAGUCAUUUGAGGACAGGAUCGAGGCCUUGUCCCGCAGGAUCGAUGUCGAGGAUGAUCCUGUUAGGGUUUCAGGAAUGUCCGCGGAGCUCAAGCGGUACAUCGAGGAUAAGGAUCUGUUGAAGCAGUACAUAGAGAACGAUGCUGUUUCCGACAACGGGAAGCUGGUUGGAGUUCAGAAUGAGGAGGUUCCAGGACUACCUGGGAGCCAGGAGCGCAUCGUUCGGCCUGUCAUUAGGUUGCAAGAAAGGAACAUUGUUUUGACACGGAUCAAUCCAGAGAUCCGCGAUACUAGCGUGUUUGUGAGGUUACGACCUGCUUGGGAAGAUUUGAGGAGCUAUUUAAAUGCUAAAGGGCGCAAAAGAUUUGAGGUUUAUGUGUGUACAAUGGCUGAAAGAGACUAUGCUCUGGAGAUGUGGAGGCUUCUUGACCCAGAAGCUUAUCUGAUCGGCUCGAGACAACUUCUGGAUCGUGUAGUAUGUGUAAAGUCAGGUUCAAGGAAGUCAUUGCAGCAUGUUUUUCAAGAUGCGGUUUGCCAUCCAAAAAUGGCUAUGGUGAUUGAUGACCGGCUGCAGGUUUGGGAUGAUAAGGAUCAACCUCGAGUUCAUGUUGUUCCUGCAUUCACUCCAUAUUAUGCCCCUCAAGCAGAGAUGGCCAAUACUGUUCCUGUUUUGUGUGUUGCAAGAAAUGUUGCAUGCAAUGUCCGAGGUGGUUUUUUCAAAGAAUUUGAUGAGAGCCUGUUGCGGAAGAUAUUUGAAUUGUGUUAUGAAAAUGAUAUACUGGAUUUACCUUAUGCUCCAGACGUGAGUGACUACUUGAUGUCCGAGGACACUAAUGUUGUACCGAACAGCAACAAAGAUGUUCCCAUAUCAGAAAGUAUGAAUGGUUCCGAAGCUGAAAGAAGAUUAAGUCCACCGGUACACCUUGGCGAUGAGCAACAGAUGCAACAUCAAGCACAAACAUCUCUUUCCUCAUUGGAUGAUGAGCUAUCAGUAAAUCGAGCAUCUGCCAACAACAGAAGUUGUCUUGAUAGUGAAACAGGGCAAAUGACUCUACUGCCAUCCUCCUUAUUUAUUGGAGUGUUGCAAGAAAUUGGCCGGAGGUGUGACUGUAAGGUUGAGUUCAGGUCCGUCAUAGGCAGCAGCAAGGACCUGCAUUUUUCUGUUGAGGUUUUAUUUAGCACUGAAAAGAUCGGAAUUGGGAUGGGAAGAACAAGGAAAGAAGCUCAGUUACAAGCUGCCGAGAAUGCUCUCCGCAAUUUGGCUAGCGAUUACUUGCUUAGGUUGUACUUUGUUUCCAUUUCUUUUGGAAAUGCAGGCAACUAUGUAUCAUUUAUUGCACCAAAUUCUGGAAGUACUAAUAGAGAAUCAGAUAAUUCUUCACUUGGAACUGAAAAUGGCUUUCUACGAGAUAUUAUCAAUCCUGUUCCGGAUGAGCCGUCUAGGAAAGAUGACCUUGUAGGUGCAAGUACAUCCGAACAGAUGGCUCAGUCAAAUGACUCAGGAGGAUUUUCCUCUGUCCUAUCCAGUAUCAGAGAACUUUGUUUGGAGGGUCAAAAUAUAGUCUUCCGAGAUCAAGCCCCAGCUUCCGUGACAUUAAAUAAAGGAGAGCACUAUUUUCAGGUUGAAUUAGCGGGACAAAUUUUAGGAAAGGGAGUUGGUUUGAGUAGAGAGGAGGCAAAGCUUCAGGCUGCUGAAGAGGCACUCAGGACUCUGAAAGCGACACACAGCUCACAAAGGCAAAUUUCAAAUUCAUUAAGGUGCAAUAGUUGAUCUCUUUUGCUCAGGUUGCCACAACAUCCUCACAAUGGUUCUCCAAGGGAGAUUUAAUGCGGGGGUGACAGAACCUGCCAUAUUCUCAAUAUGAUAAAUAUGGAAAUCUAAUCUUCUAACUAGCAGACUAGGGUACAGCAUUGGGACUUCUUUCUUGAUUGGUUUGAAGGCCCAUGGGCAAUUUAUGUUUGUCCACUAUCAUAGAUCGAUCAUCUUGCCUUCCAGUCGAAGCAUUCUAAAUUCAACAGGAAACUCUUCCUUUGGAGUUUAAUUUUCGAAGUUUGUUCACCACAGUCUAUCUGGAAGCAUGCUCGACUGUUAGGGAUGCACGUAUCAAGGUAUGGAAAUUCCUGCGCAGAUUAACCAUGAGAGAGCUAACCUAAUUUCUAAUUCUCAAAUAGAGAUUUAACAACUAUAUAGUGUAAAGCUCUUAAUGGCUUGGUGUUGAGCCUGAAAAUGACUUCUGUAAUCCAGAGAUGUUAGUCAAUGAGUUUUUCUUCUUUUUUUU